GGAGUAUUUGAUCUCUACCUACAUACUACUAGGUAGCCUGUAACCUUGUUACAUGCAGGUAUAUGUAUAAACAUAAAAGACUCAAGCCAUCUAACCUAAAGUGAAGCAGAGUUUGUUUCCUGGCGUAACAUUAAUUAGCUAACAACUUGAAUAUUGAACUCUAAACAUUAGCCUUGAGGUUCAAUUGUUUGGGAACAAUACCUAGUACAUAAAUACAUAGGACUCACUACUACUCAGGUAUAUAUCAGACUAACCCCACAUCGAUUUAUAAAGCUUCAGAUUUUCUGCCCACCCAUUCACAUGCCAUGCGAUUGGUAAUACUUAUAUCUACCAUAAUCAACCAUCAUCCUCACCAUUCUUCUCUUCCUCUUCCUUCUCUUCUUCUUUAGUACGGUAGACAUUUACAUACCUACGCAUUAGCAUACUACAUCUCUCCUCUUUUUAUUUAGACCUGGGUUUCUAAUCGAUUCUUCAUCUCAUUAUAUCCUCUCAUACAUACCACAUACUUACCUACCCACCUAGACAUAUACCAUGACGCGCAUAAUCCUUUCCACCGGCAACAUUGUCUUGGAUGGCCCCUCUAUCAUCCGAAAACCAGGUGCUUCUCGUUCCAAUCUCGAAUUCACAAAUUCUCUCCGAAACAACUUCUUAGCCGCACAGCAGGACUAUGCCGGCGUACUCCAAAACGGAAAUGGCCACACUAAAGAGAAUGGCCAAAGUAAUCGACCUGCCCCCGAAGUCUGGACAGAGAAAGAUGACUCUACUCUAUAUGUGCCGCGCAUCGACUGGUUAUCUGCCGGUCUACAAGAGGAUCGUGCACAAUAUGAGAUAACUGUCAAACUAUUCUUUCUACCGACGGCGUCGCCAGAAAAGCGCUUAGACUAUAUCAGAGAAGCAUUGCGAUUAGUCGCGAAGGAAUUAGGUGUGGACGACGUUGAUCUUCUCAUAGUCUCUUUUCCCGGCAUAUCGUUUGAGGGCGACUGCGAAUGGGAAGCCGAUAAGAAAAAUGCGACCAUGGGCAAUGAAGAGGAAGAGAUUGCUACGUGGGGGCUGCUGGAAACCCUACAUCAGCAGGGUCUGAUCCAGAAACUCGGCAUCGCCGAAUUUGGCACCGAGAAGCUAAGACGGUUUUUAGACCAGGUCAACAUUCGGCCUGCCGUCGAUCAGAUCAAUAUCAAGAACUGCUGCAAUGUCCCUCCACCAUUGGCGAAGCUCGCCAAGGAAAAGCGCAUCGAGCUAUUCACCCAUCACGAUUCGCCAGAUGUAUUGCCUAGCGGCACUUUACGGGAACUACUUGGUCAAGGUCCGCAGGGCGCCGGAGUGCUCGCGGAUCAUGAGAAUAAUAGCGACGGCCUCAAGGGAGAAAUCUUCCCGGAGUGGGUUGUCAAGUAUACGGCUUUUGUUAAGAAUCGGGGUGUGAUUGAGAAUAAGGGUUACUUUGCGAGCGCAGAGUUGUUAGACGAAGAUUGAAUCAGACUUGAAUAAGUCCUGGAGUCUUAUUGCAUAUUCUGGGUAGUUAUACAUAGCAUUGAGGGUUGGGCAGUGUUUUUUGCAUUAGAUGACG